AUGCCUGCAAUCGUGGAGCUCCCUUUCAAAGGGCUAACCCUCAUCGCCAAAUGUACUCUCCAGCCGAUCAUCACCGGGCCAAUUCUCGGAUUAUUGCUGUACACCCCAGAACAGACAUGGGGAGACGCAUUGGAAGCAGCGUCUUUCUCCGGAACCAUCAACCCAUCCAAUCUGAUUCAAACACUCGGUUUUCUGGUCACCGUGGGUGUGAUCAGAAAUAUCAACGCAGCGCUAAACGCGUGGGCUACAAAUAACUGGCAGAUACGCGCUGGACACGGUUGGAAUUGGUCUUCUGAGAUAGCAGUCGUUACCGGAGGAUGCAGUGGGAUCGGUAGAGCCAUUGCGGAGACUCUCACGUCGCGCGGGAUCCGCGUAGCAGUGCUCGAUGUGCAGGAUGCACCCAAUGCAUUCAAAUCAAACAGCCUGCUAACAUGCUUCCGGUGCGACAUCUCCAGCCCUACAGCAAUAGCAGAGGUAGCCGAUACAAUUCGAAACGAACUGGGACGUCCCUCAAUCCUCGUUAACAACGCCGGCAUAACGGGUUCUCACACGAUCUUGAAGACCCCAAGCGAGUUUCUCAGCCGUAUCUUCGAUGUAAAUAUUCUCUCGCAUUGGCGAUUAGUCCAACAGUUCGUCCCGGACAUGGUGGCGAAGAACAAAGGCCAUGUUGUGACGGUAGCGAGUGUGAACUCUUUCCUGACAAACUCGGCGAACGCUGACUAUGUGGCGACCAAAACCGCUGCAUUGUCGUUCCACGAAGGUCUUACCAGUGAAUUGAAGAUCUGGUAUAAAGCGUCGGGUGUCAAGACUACUAUUGCACACCCAGCUUUCGUGCGCACUCCUUUGAUCGAGGACAUGAUCUUGAAGAGUGGCCAGGAUCCGAAGAUUCUUGAGACUAUGAUGAUGCCGGAGGAGGUCGCGGAGGUUAUUGUCAGGCAGAUUAUUAAGAGACGCGGUGCGCAGCUUUUCAUUCCUAGCUGGGGAGCGCCGAUAUCGUGGUUGAAAGGCUGGCCUAAUUGGGCACAGGAGCUUGUACGGGAUGCGUUCGGGAAAACCAGUGCUGUUACAGGCGGUUCGAUGAUCGCGUACUGA